UAACGUGGAUCGAAGGCGACACCAGGAAGAGCCGCAGGACCACCCCGCGGGGAAGGGGCGGGGCACGCCGGCGCCGCGCUCUGCCAUUGGUCCGCGCCAGCGGGAGGCGGGUCCCUAUACGACGUCGCAGCCCCGCUGUGUUGUCUGUCAUUCGGCGGCGGCUAGAGGACACGGUUAAGAUGGCGGUGGUGUCUGCGCUGGUGCGGAGACCCCUGGAGCAGGUCUCGGGGCUGCUGAGGAGGCGCUUCCACCGGACGGCGCCGGCGGCGCUGCAGGUGACAGUUCGUGAUGCUAUAAAUCAAGGUAUGGAUGAGGAGCUGGAAAGAGAUGAGAAGGUCUUUCUGCUUGGGGAAGAAGUUGCCCAGUAUGAUGGGGCCUACAAGGUUAGUCGAGGCCUAUGGAAGAAAUACGGCGAUAAGAGGAUUAUAGACACACCCAUAUCUGAGAUGGGCUUUGCUGGAAUUGCUGUAGGUGCAGCUAUGGCUGGGUUGCGGCCCAUUUGUGAAUUUAUGACCUUCAAUUUCUCUAUGCAAGCCAUUGACCAGGUUAUAAACUCAGCUGCCAAGACCUACUACAUGUCGGGGGGCCUUCAGAGUGUGCCCAUUGUCUUCAGGGGGCCCAAUGGGGCCUCAGCAGGCGUAGCUGCCCAACACUCACAGUGCUUUGCUGCCUGGUACGGACACUGCCCGGGCUUGAAGGUGGUCAGCCCCUGGAAUGCAGAGGAUGCUAAAGGACUCAUUAAAUCAGCCAUUCGGGAUAACAACCCAGUGGUGAUGCUAGAAAAUGAAUUGAUGUAUGGAGUUGCUUUUGAAUUUCCCCAAGAAGCUCAGUCAAAAGAUUUUCUGAUUCCUAUUGGAAAAGCCAAAAUAGAAAGGCAAGGGACACAUAUAACUGUAGUUGCCCAUUCAAGGCCUGUGGGACACUGCUUAGAAGCUGCAACCGUGCUAUCUAAAGAGGGAAUUGAAUGUGAGGUGAUAAAUCUUCGAACCAUCAGACCAAUGGACAUUGAGACAAUAGAAGCCAGUGUCAUGAAGACCAAUCACCUCGUAACUGUGGAAGGAGGUUGGCCACAGUUUGGAGUAGGAGCUGAAAUUUGUGCCAGGAUCAUGGAAGGCCCUGCGUUCAAUUUCCUGGAUGCUCCUGCAGUUCGUGUCACCGGUACUGAUGUCCCUAUGCCUUAUGCAAAGAUUCUAGAAGACAACUGUGUACCUCAGGUUAAAGACAUCAUAUUUGCAAUAAAGAAAACAUUGAACAUCUAGUUUGGACUUUAAUAUCAAGUCACUGGCAUUUAUUUAAAAUACUUGCUGACACUACCUGGAUUGAAGGGUAAGAUCUUACAAGUCAUUAAUGUUUUUGUACGGGAAGAAUGUGCUUGUAAGUGGAAAACUCCAUUCUUACUGCCGUAGACUCCAUGCCUGUUUUUUGUCUGUUACAAUUGCUAUUUCUUCGAAUAAGACUAAUGUAAAAUUUUACCCUCUCACUGGAAGGACAAAGUAUGAAUGGCAGAGUCCUGAUGAAAGAUAUAUAUAUAUAUACAUAUAUAUAUAUAAAAAGACAAUAUGUAUGUAAAGAAAAAAAGCAUAUGAUCUACAUUUACUGUUAAGAUUGUUUUGAUAAGGAAUAAAGGAAUUCCUAGCUAUGA